CUUAUCAAUAAUAGGAGGAGUGCAGCGGGUGUCAUAUAAUGAAUGCGAUCCGUUCACUAGCAGCGUUUGCCUACAUUUUCAUCGUCGUCUUAUCCUCUGCAUCUGCCACCUACGUUUGGGAUGGGAGCAAAUAUGUAGCAUGUAAGUGCAAUCGAAAGGCUUCCCAGUGUGAGUGGGACCCCAUACUGUUCAGAAAUACAGGAAGUGGCACUCGCUGCUUGAACUGCGCUGAUAACACAGAGGGACUGCACUGUGAGAAAUGCAUAGCCGAUCACUAUCGUCAAACUCCAGGGGGGCGCUGCCUGGCCUGCGGCUGCGACAGAAUGGGAUCCUCAGGCAGUAGCUGUGAUGAUCAAGGUCGCUGUAGAUGUAAAGCAGAAGGAGUGAUCGGAGACAAGUGUGACAGAUGCCAGCCUGGAUUUUAUGCAUUAUCAAGCAGCGGUUGCAAGCGCUGUAUGUGCGACAUGGCUGGAAGUAGAGACAUGUGCCACUCGAAAACCGGAAAAUGCAACUGCAAGUACAAUGUGGAAGGAACCAACUGUAACUAUUGCAAGCCAGGCCACUUCAACCUCGAUGUAGAAAACCCCAUGGGCUGCUCAGCGUGCUUCUGCUAUGGACACUCAUCGGUCUGCAAGGCAGACUCCGGGUACAGCAAAGACUGCAUCACGUCCGCUUUCGGCUCAGAUACUGAAGGGUGGAAGGCGCAGCAUCGCAAUGGACAUGAUCUCGCCCUCAUGAGAUCCUCAUCUUCUCAAGACAUUAUCAUUGAGGCCAAGGACCAAUACCCAGUGUACUUCAUCGCUCCAGCCAAGUUUACAGGGCAUCAGGUGUUGAGUUAUGGCCAAAACCUCUCCUUCACAUUCUACGUGGAAAGAAACGAACCCUACCCGUCGGUGGAGGAUCUGAUCCUGGAAGGAGAAACCCAGACACUGAAUGCCCCCAUCACAGCGCAAAAUAACCCUCUCCCCACCACCAAGAAACAGACCUACAACUUCAGGUAA